UUCAUUUCUGUGGCUUUUCAUUUUCCAUCAAAGGCGUGAAAACUUUUGGGAUGCUCAGUUUGCUGUGCUAUUGGCAUUGGAUGGUGGAUCAUUCCACGCGGCAAUGCUUUUCGUUUUCCCUCUACUAGGGUUUUGAUUUGAUUCGAUCAAUCAUUUUAGGGGUUUCUUCUCGCCUUUCACUCCAAGCGUCGGGGAUGUUCGUUCGUUCUCCCAGUUGAAACCUUACUCGCAUCGACUCUUUUCUCCGCAAAAUUUUGAUUUUUGAUACCCCAAGAAGAACAACAAAUGGACGGAAAUCUCGGAGCCCUAAACCCUCGUAACACGAGUCCGAUUUCUAAUACCGAUCAAGAUUUCAAUGUCGAAUUUGUUGAUAGUCGUGUUCAGUUGCCGAUAUGCGAUGAACAAUCUGCAAAUGUGGAAUGUGAAUCUUCCAAGAACCCCAGAGCCACUCGGACAACAAGGCAUCAAGCGGUGCCUUCAUUGCCCAAGACUGAAACUGAGCACGGCUUGCAAUUUAGAAGGGAUCAUUUGCAGUUCGGCCAUGGAACUGGGGAUGCCCGACGGCUUCUGCCUUAUAGUAGGCAGGAAGACCAAGUGAUUAGCCCUAAAAUGAGAGUCUGCAGGAGGUUUAGUAAUGGGCAAAGAUGCCAGUAUGGCGAGAGAUGCAUAUUUCUUCACCCUGAUCCUGAAAAAUGUAGGAAAACUUGUGCCAUAAAUGUUGUGAAUUCUGGGCCUGUAGGGUUUUCCAGAAACAGGAAUGAUCGGCCAGAAUGUGAUUUGCUUGGGAACUCAAGUUCGAAUCCUAGUCGAGUCUCCCAAAAGCCGAUGUUUUGGAAGACAAGGUUUUGUCAUAAGUGGGAGGCAACUGGUACCUGUUCAUUUGGGGCGGAUUGUUGCUUUGCUCAUGGACAUAGAGAACUGCAAAAGCUUGGGCCCGAGGCGGCAACUGAACAAGGGAAUGUUUCUAUUUCAAAGAUGCAGGUACCUGCCUCUACCGAGCAUCUACCACCCCGUAGAGCUGAUAAUGGAGCUGCUUGUGAGCAGCAAAUGCAAAUGCAGGGUGUGAAGUGUUUGCUCAAGUGGAAAGGCUCUAGGAAGAUAAAUGGCAUCUAUGCCGAUUGGAUUGAAGGAAUGCCCCUUGUGCAUAACUCUCACGGCAAGAUGGCGUGCUGAAUUCACUUUGAUCCUGUGGUCUCUGCUUAGUCUGUUCAUAUGCGAUGUUUCAUUGCACCAUUCUGUAUAGGUUGGGAAAGGUUCUUUUUAGUGUUUCAUUGCACCAUAUAUGGCGUAUCACUUGCAUAGGGCUAGUAUUAGAGAAUACAAUCCUUUUGUAGAAGACUAUGAGCAGGGAUGGAACAUGAGGUGCACUUGCCCCUUGUGUAGGCGUUGGCUCGAUGGUGCUGGCUAUUACUGACCCUUUUUCUUUUUGCUAAUUGAAGUGGCAAUGCAGAACAGGAAAACAGAGAAGCUGCAGCAGCAAUCUUAGUGCUGUACUAGUUUAAUAGUAUUGCUGCUUACGAGUCUAAAGAAAUAAUAGACUAUUAACUUGCAGAAUUCUUUGUGGCAAGUCAAUUGCAUUCAUAAACUCAGCCACCUCCGACCAUCGCCCACCAGUUAGUAUUUCCAUUUAUUAAGGUUACAAAUGAGUGGAACUACUUGUGAGUAUAUCAGUCUUUAACUUAGUAAGAGUUCAUUUGUACGUGGCUCGUAUUAUAAACUAGUUGAGGUUGAGCUUUAAUUUAGAGCUUGACUCAUAAUCGAGCCGAGUUUGAGCAAGAUAAAAUUUGACUAGCAAACAAGUUCAAUGCUCAUUAUAAACUCGUUUAUAGGUUAUUUUAUAAGCUC